CUACAGAGUAUAAAAGCUUACAGCAAAGGCUCAACAAGCACAGUAAAGUGCCAGAGAGCAAGCAGAAUGUAUCAUAACAAAAGGAUGUUGUGGUGCCAAAUUGUUAUAACGAGUUUGGUGAUGUGUAUUCUAUUUGAGAAUACCAAAGCAAUCGUAGGAAUUGACGAAUGUCAAGCAACUCCAGUGAUACACUUUCUUCAAUAUCCAGGGUGUAUUCCAAAGCCAAUACCCAGUUAUGCUUGUAGAGGACGCUGUAGCAGCUAUCUACAGGUGUCCGGAUCGAAAAUUUGGCAAAUGGAAAGAAGCUGCAUGUGUUGUCAAGAAAGCGGCGAAAGGGAGGCCAGUGUAUCCCUUUUCUGUCCGAAAGCAAAACCAGGAGAAAGAAAAUUCCGAAAGGUUGUUACCAAAGCCCCGUUAGAAUGCAUGUGCAGACCGUGUACCAGUAUCGAGGAAUAUGCUAUAAUACCUCAGGAAAUAGCUGGAUUUGCCGAAGAAAGUCCAUUUACAACGUCCGCUCAUUUUAGACGAUCGCCUGGCCUACAAUAAUUUCAUUUGAAAUCUCUCGAUGUAUUUAAAGCAUGUAAUAAAUCAACGUGACGAAGAAAUAAUAUUAUGGGAGGCUAAAGUAAAAAAUAUUUUUCCUUUACUAGUUUUAGAAUAGAAAUGAAUAAUUUAUAUACUGAAACGGAUACUAUGUUUUCAAAUAUAUAAAC